AUUCCCAUGUUUUAAUCCUCAAACUCCCAUUUCCACAUUCCAAACGCCACGAAAUUUUUCUCUUUGGCUUUGUGAUUAGGGUUUGUUUUCCGAAGAGAGAGAAAGAAAGAAUGAAGAUCAAAAUCCAGGGGUUAGGAAGACCUCGAUUGGAGAAUGAAGUCAACCCUGAUGAUAAGAUUCCCGAUCUCAAGAAAAAAAUUGAAGAUGUGCUUGGAGCAGAUGACUUCCCUGUUGGAACUCAAAUUCUUGUUAACCGGGGACAGUAUUUGAUGUGUGAACGUAGCACUUUGCGGGAACUAAACGUUGUGGAAGAUGGAAAAAUUGGUGUUUUUUCCGCUCCGAAAAUGCGCAUUUCGAUGCCCAAACAAGUAUGGGCGUGUGCAGCAGGUUCGUCUUCUCCGGCUCCAGUUACUCCGGUCAUCUCGUCUGUUGUGUGAAUGCCAAAACCGCCAAAACUAAAUGCUAUUAGCUAGGAAGGCUGAUUUGAAUUUCGUUGCAAGAACUAGUCUUUCUAUGUGCAAGGACCCAAGACUUGGCAUUAAAGUAUACACUCGGAAGAAGAAUUUGAAUGGGAGGCUUGUGAAUACGAAAUCCAUUGUCAAGUAAAGAGAUUGUUUUAGGUGAAUAUGCUGGUUUUUUGUUAUGAUCUUGCUUAUAGGACAGCCGGGUUACGUGGAUUGGGUUGGUACGAAACUGAGGGCAACUCUGUAUGUGGAUGCUGAGCUUUUUGUAAAUGAAUGAUGUAUAGACUUGGUUUUUUGCUUGGCCUAAGUCAUUUUGGGUACUGAUUACUGAAGAUGAUUAAGUUUGCUCUUACUAUUUUCUCUAUCUGGGCAGCUUAUCUUGGUCACUCACUCUAGGACUGUAAUUUUGGAGAAUCACUUAUGUAUAUUUACAACUUGUAUGCUGUCAAAAAUGAAAAAUCCACUUCGUGCUCCUA